UCCCACUAAAUUCUCUCUCUCUUGCAAGCACCCUGAUAUCUUCAUCAUUAUCUACACACUUUUAACUGCACUUUCACUGUUCAAAAGGAAUCUCUCCUUUUUAGACAAAUAAAGUACUUUUGUGUGUAUAUCUCUAUAUAUACUUCUGUCUAUGUAAAAUGUUCGAAUGGGUUCUUCUCCUUCUUCACCAUAAAACGCCCAAAAAUCUAUCAAAAACCAUUCUUCAUCCUGUCUUGUAGUAAUAUUCUACAAACAGUGGAAUCUUGGCUUUACCAAUAUUUUCUUCUAACUCAUUCCCAACUUUUCCUUGUAGGGCAUGUUUCCCUUUCUGGGUUUUACUUCCUGUGAUUAAUGAUGGCUUCCUUCUUUUCUUCUCUCAAAGCAUUAAUGGGUAUUUUUUAUUUUGUCAUGUGAUUCUUCUGUUAUUCUUCAUCUACUUUGUCAGAGCUCUAAUGGGUAUUACUACAGAUAGUUCAACUGCUUGUAAUUAUGUUCUAGGGUUACCCUUAAUCCCUUAUGCUGUCUACUUGUGGAACAGGUGUCAUUAUUUCUCCAAAAAAAAGUGUUGUCUUUUGAAAUUAAGCUUCUCCAAUCUUAAGUUUCUAUUGUCAAUGCCUCCUUCAUACUUUCCCCUUCGGUGGGAGAGCACCGGAGACCAGUGGUGGUAUGCUUCCCCAAUUGAUUGGGCAGCUGCCAAUGGCCACUUUGACUUGGUCCGCGAGCUUCUUCGCCUUGAUGGCAAUCACUUAAUCAAACUCACCUCUCUCAGGCGAAUUCGCCGCCUUGAGACUGUCUGGGAUGAUGAAGAACAGUUUGAUGAUGUUGCGAAAUGCCGUUCUCAGGUUGCACGAAAGCUCCUUCUUGAGUGUGAAAACAAGAAAGGUAAAAAUGCUCUUAUCCGAGCUGGGUAUGGUGGAUGGCUUCUAUACACUGCUGCCUCAUCUGGAGACUUGGGUUUUGUUCAAGAAUUGCUUGAAAGAGACCCUCUGCUUGUUUUUGGGGAAGGAGAGUAUGGUGUCACUGAUAUACUUUAUGCUGCUGCCAGGAGUAAGAACUCUCAGGUUUUCAGGCUUCUUUUUGAUUUUGCUGUCUCUCCAAGGUUUUUGGCGGGGAAUGGCAGAGAGUUUGAGGAGCACAUUGAGGAGAUACCUUCUGCUUAUAAGUGGGAGAUGAUGAAUAGAGCUGUUCAUGCUGCAGCAAGAGGAGGUAAUUUGAAGAUUUUGAAGGAGCUUCUUGGUAAUUGCUCUGAUGUCUUGGCUUACCGAGAUAUUCAAGGCUCAACUAUCCUACAUGCAGCUGCUGGCAGAGGACAAGUUGAGGUAGUUAAAGAUCUCGUAGCACACUUUGAUAUCAUCAACUCAACAGACAAUCAUGGCAACACGGGAUUGCAUGUAGCUGCUUAUAGGGGCCAAUUAGCUGUGGUUGAAGCACUAAUUCUUGCAUCUCCCUCAUCCAUCUAUAUGAGAAACAAUGCUGGAGAAACUUUUCUACAUAUGGCUGUUUCUGGUCUUCAAACUCCUAGUUUCCAUAGAUUGGAUCGCCAGAUUGAGCUUAUGAAGCAGUUAGUAUGUGGAAAUAUGUUCAACAUGGAAGACAUCAUAAAUGUCAAAAAUAACGAAGGUAGAACUGCUCUUCAUGUGGCCAUCGUUGGGAACAUUCAUUCUAAUCUGGUGGAACUGCUGAUGAGUGUUCGUUCAAUUGAUGUUAACAAACGUGAUAUAAAUGGCAUGACCCCUCUUGAUCUUCUUAGGCACCGGCCACAUUCUGCAUCAUCUGAUAUACUGACCAGACAGUUGAUUUCAGCUGGGGGAAUCUUCAGUUGUGAGGACUAUACAGCAAGAAGAACCAUUGCCUCCCACUUAAGAAUGCGGAGUAUUGGAAGCAGUCCCGGAACUUCUUUCAGAAUCUCUGACACAGAGAUAUUCUUGUACACAGGCAUUGAGAAUGCAUCAGAUGCCAGUGGUAGUGCAGGACCGAGCACGUAUUCAACAGAAUUGAGCCAACAUGACCCAACUGUUGAGAACCGUAGUCCAUCCAAUGAUAAAAAACCACAUUCUGUAAAUUAUGCAGCACAACGUUUGAAAGGCCUCCUCCACUGGCCCAGGAUGAAAGACAAAAAAUCCAAAAGAUUGAAGAAAUUGGUAGAUAAUAAUGCAGUAAGCAACUCGGAUGGAACUCCAAUCCCACUUCGGCAAAGAUGUUCAAAAUCUGCAUCACUUCCAAACAACAAGCGGACACUUUCUGUUAGAAGUAACCUUCCAAGUCCAACUGCAAAGAAGAAACUUGCUUCAGGGCUGGUGCACGGUGUUAUGCAGGCCAUGCCAACUUUAACAGUGCCACGUCGAUCACGUUCAAGUUCAUUUUCAAAAUCAUCGGUUUCUUCUCCUCCUCCACUGAAUAAGCAAAAAGGUGUCUAUAUGGAAAAUGAUACUGCAGGGCCAUCUUGUUCCAAUCAAGUACUCGAUGAAGGAGCAGCAAAUUUCAUUCAAAAACGAGGCUCAGUUAAUAAGAGGUCGAUGAACCAGUAUUUCUGUUUUGGCGGACCAGGCUCAUCCAUGGGAGAUCCAAUGAGUAGGCAGCAGCCAAACCAGAGUUCCAAGUGUGCCACUCUUUCGGUGGCUUGAUUCUAAUGAUAAGAUAUAUCUUUCAAGAUUAUGAUUUGAAUAUCACAAGUGCAAGGAGAGAAGCUGUCUAGAUCCAUGAAGCCCGACUAAUUCAGUAGAAUAUUGGUGAGUUUGGUUACUGGUUCCUGGCUUUCUUGCUUCUAUGACAAGUUUGCCUGUUCAACUUGUGUAGAUUAUGUAUUUUGUAGCUAUAACUGUUUGUCUUAACAAUGUUUUCAUCUGAUAUUAUGAGACAUUUGCCUAGAAGAAAGAUGCAAUGAUCUGAGAUGGUUAAUUUUUAUCUUGCAA